AUGAGUUCAACAGCGGUGGAGACCGGCCUAACAUGUUUCAUCGGAGUAGCCACAAUGUCUUCCGUCAUCACAGUUAUCUAUCUAGUCAACGAAAUCAACAAUUACCACAAUAACGCCAUCGAAGAGCUCUCGGACUUUAUGGAUCUUGCGAACUCUGCGUGGCAGGAACUGAGUCCAUCAGGUCAACAGCUACAAGAAAAGAAAAACACGUUAGAAUUAUCCCGUCACCGUCGUCAACUCUCAUCGCACUGCAAAUGUGAACCACCGCCUGAAGGAUGUCCACCUGGACCACCCGGUCCUCCUGGUCCGCCUGGCAGAACUGGGGAGCCUGGUCUACCAGGUAUACCCGGAAGGCCUGGUCAUGAUGGCGUAACAGUCAAUGCCACCCUUGGAUUAGGUGGAUGCAUCAAAUGCCCUCCUGGACCACCCGGACCGCCCGGACCAGACGGUCCUGUAGGGGCACCCGGAAUGGAUGGAAAGCCAGGCGAAAACGUAGGAGGACGAACGCAAGGUUUACCAGGACCGCCAGGUCCACCAGGAGAAAUUGGACCUCCAGGACUACCAGGGAAUCCUGGGCCACCGGGUGAGCCGGGAGCGUCUGGAAUUCGUAGCAUCGGACUACCUGGACCUACAGGACCACCUGGACCGAUUGGACCUCCUGGACCUGUGGGAGCAAAUGCCACCUUUAGUGGAAUAGGAGUGCCAGGACCUCCAGGUCCAAUGGGAAAACCCGGAAAUCCUGGUUUGCCCGGUCCAAACGGAAUACCCGGAAAAAUGGGUUCACCUGGUUUUCCAGGAAUAGAUGGUCAGUACUGUCCAUGCCCACCUCGUACAAAACGUAUGGAAAGGUCAGAUAUUCACGACCCUGGUCCUGGUAUCGGAUUUUCACGUCAGAGAGGUCGAAUAUUAUCUACAGGAGUCAGAAGAAGAGGUGUGCGAAUUCCAAACAUUACCGCCCGACAACACUGA